GAUGUAUUUAUACUCACUGUUUGAUAGUGCCUUUUGGCCUUUCCUCUUCUCCUCCAAACUUGUCUUGCUGCUUGCUGUGUUGUUCUACUCUGAUGACCUUCUUUACAUCCAUAUAUUUCUAGCCUUUCCUUGUAGUGUGAGAUCCGAUUCGGAGUCUUCUUCCCAAAUUUCCCAGUACACGUUUGAGGUUUCUGCGAUCUGAAUCUUCGGAUAGCCUCCAUGAACAACUGGCUAGCCUUUUCUCUCUCUCCACAGGAGCUCCCUCCCUCACAGUCUCACCAGAGCAACUCACCAUCUGCUGCUGUUUCCCAUCUCAUCUCAGGUGACGAUGUCUCUGCUAGCUGCUACGGUCUCUCCGCCGACUCCACGUCGGAGCCUCCGAUGGGAAUACCCACCCUAAGACCGGAUGUCCCCUUUGGUGUCUUGGAGGCCUUCAACAGACCCUACCAUCAAACCCAAGAUUGGAACAUGAAGUGUUUGGAUUUCAAGGGAGGCUCUUCGGAGCUAUCCAUGCUGGUUGGAUCAAGCAGUACUAACCAGAGCAACAUGGUGGAAGACCAGCCCAAGCUGGAAGACUUCCUUGGUGGCAAUUCGUUCUCCGAUCAUGACCACAAAGUACUCCCUGCUGGACUUUCCGGUGCGUAUAGUAGCUCCGGCGACGAGUACAUGUUCUCCAACUCUUCAUUCCAGGUGCAAGACACCUCCAUGGUGACAUCCACCGCUCACGAUGGAGCCCUAAUGAACGAUGCUAACGGUGGUUCUUCGAGCAACUCUAUCGGACUGUCGAUGAUCAAGACAUGGUUGAGGAACCAACCCAAUAUCCCUCAACAGCAGGCCAGUAUUAACAGCAGCAACGACAUGGCCGGGGUUACCGGGACCAACUGCGGCGGCGCGAUGAUGGCCGAUGUUAUUGGCUCGUUGACGAACUCCCAGGGCCUGUCACUCUCGAUGAGCACAGGGUCACAGUCGAGCUCCGCCUUGCCCCUACUGGCGGCUGGCCCGAGCGGCGGAGGCGAGAGUUCGUCCUCCGACAAUAAGCAGAAAGGGAUUGGAGGAAGCCUCGAUGCACAGACUGGUGCAAUGGAAGCAGUUUCUCGGAAAUCCGUGGACACAUUUGGGCAGAGAACUUCCAUUUACAGGGGCGUGACAAGGCAUAGAUGGACAGGUAGAUACGAGGCUCAUCUGUGGGAUAAUAGCUGUAGAAGAGAAGGGCAGACACGCAAGGGUAGACAAGUUUAUUUGGGUGGCUAUGACAAAGAAGAAAAGGCAGCUAGGGCUUAUGAUUUGGCUGCUCUCAAGUACUGGGGUCCUACUACUACAACAAAUUUCCCAAUAAGCAACUACGAAAAAGAGUUGGAGGAGAUGAAGCACAUGACGAGGCAGGAAUUUGUUGCGUCUCUUAGAAGGAAGAGCAGUGGAUUCUCCAGGGGUGCAUCAAUAUAUCGUGGAGUGACUAGGCAUCAUCAGCAUGGAAGAUGGCAAGCAAGGAUAGGAAGAGUAGCAGGGAACAAAGACCUCUACUUGGGAACCUUCAGCACCCAAGAAGAGGCAGCUGAGGCGUACGACAUCGCGGCGAUCAAGUUUCGGGGACUGAACGCGGUGACCAACUUCGACAUGAGCCGGUACGACGUGAAGAGCAUCCUCGAGAGCAACACGUUGCCGAUCGGGGGCGCCGCCAAGCGGCUCAAGGACGUGGCGGAGCACGCUGAGGCCAGCGUGAACGGGAGGGGGGCGGCGGACCACCACCAUCUUGCUUCGCAGUUCGAUGGGAUUAGUGGCUAUGGCUCCCUGCGCCACCACGGCUGGCCGGCCAUCGCGUUCCACCAACCGCAGCCGCUGGGCGUUCAGUACCCCUAUGGGCUGCCGCGGGGCUGGUGCAAGCAGGAGCAAGAUACCGCCGUCGCCGCCGCUCACAGCUUGCAAGACCUUCACCAACUCCACCUGGGCACCAACACCCAUGACUUCUUCCAACCUUCGUCGGCGCUUCAUAACCUGGUAAGCAUCAGCACCGAGUCGAGCUCGGUCGUGUACAAUGGUAACAUGGCCAGCAGUAGCGGAAGCUACCAAGGUGGGUAUGUUAUGCCGAUGAGCACGGUGGUGACCGAUCAAAGCCACACUGCAAACAGAGGCAGUUGUGGCGCGACCUUUGUGGACGACGAAGGGAAGCAGAUAGGGUACGAUAGCUCCUUAAACGCUUACUAUCUCUCUCAGCAGUUGUCUUCUGGUGACGCUGCUAAGGGCGAUGAGUAUGAGCAAAGCAGUACUUGGACGCCAGCGUCAGCUCAAGCCAUGGCAUCAAGGUCUAACACCAUGGCUGCUGCUGGCCAUGCGGCUCCUCUUUUCACAGUAUGGAAUGAUGCGUAGGUUUGGCGAAGAAGACGGGUGAGAUGAUCGCUUUCAUGUGUUUUGUUCAAGCUUUGUGCUUUGUUAGGAUGAGAAUUCUUCUGAUGGUUGGCAAUGGCUUGUGAGAGUUGAAGAAGCUCGUCACAAUUCUCACCAGCUGUUAAUUUUGGGUUGGAUCGGAAGGAUCAAACUGUUAGAGAAAGAAGACCA